GGGGGGGAUGGGGCUCUGAACAAUGAGCUUUUGCUUGCCUGCUUUUAAAACAUGAGAUUUACAAUUUUACUACCGUUGUGCUUUUAAACAAUUUGCAAGUCAUUGUGUGUUAUUGUAUUUAUUAAUGUGCAACGUUGCGUCUUGGUUAUCGGUAUUGUCAUUAUUUAUGUGCUUUGUGUCUAGUUGAGACUUAUUUUCUUCUACAUUCUAUGUAAAGGAGGUGGGAACGCUGUUUCCAUUUUACACAGUUCAGUGACAUGUUACAUGGUGCCUUGUUUAAAACAUCAGUAGACCAGCCUAAAUCAGAACAGUCUCUGUAUAUAGAGAAUAUAAGCCAUGCAUCUCCAUAGAGUAGCGCGUGGUUGACAGCAACCACAUGCACUGCAAAGAUUCUGUUUUUUAUGCUUUUUUUCAGGAAUUAUUUUGAUUAGGCAGACAAUGUUCGAGUCUACAUGCUUUGUAAAAUUUGGAUGAUUUCAUAUUUUUUUAAUCAUUGAAAUAAAGAAAUAAAUAAGUCUCUUUUUUUAGCGGUUAUUUGCUGAUAUGAAACGACCACCUCGACACACCUCUGAAUUUGCCAUAUUGAUAGCAGAUGUGGGGUGUGGUUUCUACAAGGCGGCUUGGUUUGGAUGAGGUCACUGGGCCAUCGUAAAUUGGCUGCCUGUCCCUUUAAACGAGCUCGGCGUUCUCCGGAGUCAUUCGGAAAAAAAAAUCGUCGACACCUUUCACUGCGGCUCCAUCGCUGAGCGGACUGGCCCGCUUCUCGCAUCCUAGAAUACAGAAAGCUAAUUGUUGGACUCAUUAACUGAAAACUGCGAGCUCGGCUCAGUCGGUAACCGUAGACAUGCAGGCUAUAAAAUGUGUGGUGGUCGGCGACGGUGCUGUGGGUAAGACCUGUCUGCUGAUCAGCUACACCACCAAUGCCUUCCCCGGGGAAUACAUCCCCACUGUCUUUGACAACUACUCUGCCAACGUGAUGGUGGAUGGGAAGCCGGUGAACCUGGGCCUUUGGGACACAGCCGGCCAGGAGGACUAUGACAGACUCAGGCCCCUCUCCUACCCACAGACGGAUGUGUUCUUGAUAUGCUUCUCCCUGGUCAGUCCGGCCUCCUUUGAGAACGUCCGAGCCAAGUGGUAUCCUGAAGUGAGACACCACUGCCCCAACACCCCCAUCAUCCUGGUGGGGACCAAACUUGACCUGAGGGACGACAAGGACACCAUCGAGAGGCUGCGGGACAAGAAGCUGUCCCCGAUCACCUACCCCCAGGGCCUGGCCAUGGCGCGAGAGAUCGGGGCGGUGAAGUACCUGGAGUGCUCGGCCCUGACCCAGCGGGGGCUGAAGACGGUGUUCGACGAGGCCAUCCGCGCCGUGCUCUGCCCCCCGCCCGUCAAGAAGAGGGGCAAGCGCUGCACCGUGUUCUAAGGCGUGGCAACACACUCCAACACAGACACACACACACACCCACACAGCCACUGCACACACACUACACUACAUAAGGCCAUCGACGAACCACCACUACUUCUGAUAGUUUGAGAUAGGAAACGAGAAAUGGAAUGCACUGCAGACAUUUUGUUUGAGAUAUAUCAGUUACACCAAGACAGAUACCUAAUGCAUUUUUUUUACAUUCAUAUAUACAUAUAUAUAAAUAUAUAUGUGUCCCUUUCUCAAGACAUUGGUUGUCCACGUACUUUAAAGAAAACACACAUUACGUUGCUGUCGUGUUUUUACUUUUUUUAAAGACUGACAAAAGGUCUCCGUCGUUUGUUCUUCUCUGAAGUGCAUCCUUUAUUUCUGAGCCAUGCUCGCUUGAUUUGACGCAGUGUUGACAAAAAUAGCGAGGAAGAAGAGAAAAAAAAAUACUAAAACGUGAACUGUGAAUAAUAACGCCUUCGGGUUUGAAGUUUCCCUGAGCGACUGACCCUGGGGGUGUGGCCACGUAAACGAGAAAAAGUGAACACAUCUGGUUCGGGACGAGACGUUCAAAUCAACCGCCGCCUCGUAACAGGCAAAUGUAAAAAAAAAUAAUAGUCAAGGGAAAAGAAGCGUAAAGUGGGUAAAGAUAAUGAGUGUGCUCCUGGUGGUAGUGUGAGGGGGAACUUCAUUCUAACACUGAACAUGUUGUCGGACAAGCAUGCCAAACAAGCUUCCUGAGUGGCUGAGUGAGCUUGCAUGGGUCUUAAUAAUAUUCUGUCUUAAUUUAUCCCAUUGUUUAAAGUCCUGUGUAUGUAUGCGUGUGUUUGCUCGAGCACAUGCGUGUAUGUCUGAGUGUGUGUGUGUGUGUGUGUGCGUGUGAAUUAGCACAUGUCGAUAUCGAUGAGAAAGGGAGGCUGGGUUAGUGUGUCAAAAGGCAGUAUUGUUUUAAGCAAAUUUUGAGUGUCAGGUUUUUGGUACUAUUUCAUAUUGUAUUGUAGUAAUACACAGAUCUUUUCAACAAACCGUCGACGUAUAGAAAAGAAAAAGGGGCUAUUGAGGACGAGUCUAGCGAUGUACACUAGUAACCCCUAAAAGGAAUGCAUCGUAAUUAUCUAUCUACGUGUACCUGAAUAUUUAGCUCAAAUUUAUAAUAAAUUAUAGUCUCACCUUAAAUUUAAGUGUUGCAAAACAUUGUGAGUUAGAGUCGCCAAUCUCGGGUUUGUCACGCGUGAUAAACCAACAGAUUGCUUCUUUAAAAAAUGCAUUUCUCUGGUCGUAGACAUGCAGUGUGUCUGUCUCCCUCUCCUGGCGAGACGCAGCACUGCGGUCUUUGCUGUCUAUGGUUGGCAUAGCAACUGUGUGGUUGAACAAUGUCGUGUCUGGUCCUGCCUAGGUUGUCAAUAAUGUUAGCUGAGAAAAAAAAAGAUAAAAUGCAGUGAAAAUGCAGAACUACUAGUACUGUUGCAUGGAAAUACUCUGACCCACCUUAAUUCUGAGGAAAGGUUGUUAACUGAAAUGCAUUGGCCAUGUACGUAUGUAAUGUAAGAUGACUUGUACACUCGUUUCAACUUGUUUUCAUUUUUUUAUGACUUCACAUGUCGCUGUGGUGAACUAUUUCAAUUUUGUAUAAUAAAUACAAAUGUAUAUGUAAG